CAACCCGAACCCCAACCCCCCAACCAGACCACGCGAUUCGAAUCCCCUCACCGCCGGGCCCGGAUGCUGCCGCCGCGCGGGCCGCCGACGACGACGAGCGCCUAGGGUUAGCCCGCCGCCCCAGCCCCCCUCCCCCGCGCGCCCGCGCAUCGGGGAGAUCUCGCGCCCGCCGGGAUGCGGCCCCACGACGCGCCGUCCAAGCGGGCGGGCGGGAGCGGGCGCGUGGCGGCCGUGGGGAUGCCCCCGCCGCGGGCCAUGUCCGCCGCGCCCUCCUUCUCCGCCGCCGCCGCGUCCGCGCGGAAGCCGCCCGAGCCGCUCCGCCGCGCCGUCGCCGACUGCCUCUCCCCGCCGGCGCCGCACACCCACGGCCCCGCCGCCUCCGCCGCCGCCGAGGCCUCCCGCACGCUCCGGGAUUAUAUAGCUAACCUAUCAACCAUCGAUAUGGCUUAUAAUGUCCUGAUUGACCAUGCUCUUGCAGAAAGAGAUCGGAGCCCAGCAGUUGUCCCAAGAUGCGUGGCAUUGUUAAAGAGAUAUCUUAUCCGGUAUAUUCCAAGGGUGCAAACGCUACGUCAAAUCGACAUCUUUUGUGCAAAUACCAUGGCAAAGUAUGACCCAUUGGCAGGUCACAGAGCAUCAUCAUUUGGCCAGAACAUUGGAUCAUCUGCAGCUUUGCCAAAUUCCUCUCUUGUUGCCCCACCAAUAUCGAACUUUGCUUCAGCAUCUCUUGUGAAAUCUUUAAACUAUGUCCGCUCACUAGUUGCCAGGCAUAUUCCAAAGUUAUCAUUCCAACCAAUUCCUCAGUCUCUGGCAACAGCCUCUACAAAACAGUCGCUUCCUUCACUUUCAUCAUUUUUGAAUAGGUCCUUACAGUUGAAUCCAGAAGCUGUUACCAACAGAGAACAUCUUGAAUCAAAGGAAUUGCAAACUGCACCCGAUUUAACAUCAUCAGCAAGUGAAAAGGUCGAUGGUGGAGAGCAUGGAUAUGAUACCAAGUAUAUAUCCUUCGACAUUCUAAAUUGGCGAUGGCAUGUAUAUGGUGAACGUCAAACAUCAAGAUCUGCCAAGGAAAGCAAUGAUCUUGCAGGCCUUCAAGAUUUUCAUACACAUGGUUUUCUUGAAGUUGGUGCUGCGGCUCUUCUAGUAGGGGAUAUGGAGGCAAAGAUUAAUGAUCAACAAUGGAAAUAUUCUGUUAUCCAGGAAUUUCCUGAUAUUGAUUUAUUGCAACCUUCAACUUCGACAGCUAGCACUUUUGCGUCAUCGCAGGGUCAUCUGAAAGCAAUAACAGCCUCAAAACGCAUGAAAUCGGGCCCGAGCCAAGUUUGGGUGAACGUACCUGCAAAUACAUUCCAGCCUCGAGCACGUCCCCUUUUUCAGUAUAGGCACUACAGUGAGCAGCAACCGUUGCGAUUGAAUCCUACUGAAAUUUCUGAAGUCAUAGCUGAAGUUUGUUCAGAAACAACUUCAAAUGCAAAUCAGUUUAACGCUCCAUCAAGAUUGACCACCCAGAGUCGGCAACCUUCAGCGGAUGUGGCAUUUAGUGUCCUCAUUAAACUUGUUAUUGACAUGUAUAUGAUGGACUCUGAGGCUGCUGCUCCUCUGACACUUUAUAUGCUUGAGGGCAUGUUAAGCUCUCAGAAAUCACCUGCCAGAACAAAGGCUUUCGAUCUGAUUCUGAACCUUGGGAUUCAUGCACACCUGCUGGAGCCUAUGAUAGUUGAAGAUGCACCACUUAUUGAAAAAGGUGAUACUACAAGCAACUCUUAUCUGAACAAUGAGUACGGACCCAAUAUGGAUGAACAGAGGGAAGCGGAACCUGAAGAAGAGCAAAGGAUUAGUCCUGCUAUUGAUCAGUUUGAGUCAUGGCUUCUCAAAAUACUAUUUGAAGUUCUCCUUCUCUUGGUUCAGAUGGAGGAGCGCCAGGAGAUCGUGUGGGCAUCAGCUUUAAGUUGUCUAAUUUACUUUGUUUGUGAUGGAGGGAAAAUCAUCAGGAGCAGACUUGGAGGUUUGGACAUAAGGGUUGUUAAGACUCUUCUUGAGAUUAGUGUGGAACAUUCAUGGGCAAAAGUAGUGCACAGCAAGCUCAUUUGCAUGCUGACAAAUAUGCUGUACCAAGUACCAGAUGGGACUCAGAGUGGUGCACUUGAUACACAUUUUGUUCCCGAACGGAUAGAUCUUCUUGGUGGAGUUGACUAUAUCUGUCUUGAGUAUUCACGAGCCAACUCAAAGGAAGAGAAGCGGGAUUUGUUUUUUGUUCUUUUUGACUAUGUAGUGCAUCAAAUAAACGAAACAUGCUUGGCUGCUGGUCUUUCAACAUAUACUUACGAUGAUGCUCAACCCCUCGCUUCCCUUCUUGCAUCCGCUGAUGCUCCGGAGGCCUUCUAUAUAUCUGUGAAGCAUGGUGUUGAAGGUGUUGGGGAUAUGCUGACAAAAGCUAUAUCUGCGGCAUUAUCACAGUCAGCAGAAUACGAGCAAUUAAACGCGCUUCUGGACAAGGUUAUCAGGAAACUUGAUGGAACUGUGAGCACAUUUUCAAGGAUUGACAAUGAGUUUGCUUAUAUGAUCCAAGUAACAAAAUCCUUCAAGUGUUUCAGCAGCAUUAAAGAUGGAUCUGAAGAUGGUGACGUUGCAUCUAGGGCGAGGCUUUGCUGGGCUACUUUGCACUCACUUCUUCACUCACAAAUUUCAUCAUACAGGCACCAUGGAUAUAUUUGGUUAGUUGAAUUGCUCCUCUCGGAAAUAAGUGAAGAAACAGAUGGCUCUGUUUGGUCUAAAAUCCAAAACCUCCAGGAGGAAAUUAAAGAUGCUGGAAGCCACGACACCUCGUGUCCAGAAGUUUCGCUGCCCGUUUGUCUGCUGUGUGGGCUUCUGAAAUCAAAACACAACUACAUCAGAUGGGGAUUUCUAUAUGUUUUAGAGAAAUUUCUGAUGCGCUGCAAAUUAUUAUUGGAUGACAGUGACAUGCAGGAGCAUUCAGUUGCUUAUCAUAGCAAAAACCGUCUGGACAAAGCUUUUGCGGUUAUAGAUGUUAUGAGUACUGCUUUGCUACUCGUGGUUCAAAAUAAUGAGACAGACCAUAUCAACAUCUUAAAGAUGUGUGACAUGUUGUUUUCACAAUUAUGUUUGAGGCUUCCGUCCACAAAUGUGAUGCAACUGGGCGGCCUUCAAUCCCUUGGUCAACUUUUUGGUUGCACAACUAAGAACAUCGAGUGCACUUUGGAAACCCUUGCAUCACACAAAACCAUAGGAACGAAGAGCCUUUCCAGGAAUGAGACAUUGCAAGAUACAGGGAUGAAUCAAUCUACUCAAUCCGCUCUGCUCUGCGAAACAUCAAUGGCAGCACUACUUCUAAAAGGUCUUGCGAUAGCUCCGAUGCAGCUCGUAGCCCUUGUGCCAACUUCAUUAUUUUAUGGGCCAUUGAUGCAACUUGAAGGCGCUGCCAGUGAUGAUAUUGCAUUGGGUAUUGCUGUUGGUAGCACAGGAAGAGGCAAUAUCCCUGGUGCUACAUCAGAUAUUAGAGCAGCGCUUCUUUUGCUUUUGAUUGGUAAAUGCACAGCUGAUCCAGAAGCACUUUCGGAAGUAGAAGGCAAUGAGUUCUUCAGGGGGCUUCUAGAUGAUACAGACUCAAGGGUGGCGUAUUAUUCUGCUGCCUUUCUCUUGAAGCGGAUGAUGACAGAGGAACCAGAUGUCUACCAACGGAUGCUUCAAAGUCUCAUUUCAAAAGCUCAACAGUGUAACAAUGAAAAACUUCUGGAAAACCCAUACCUUCAAAUGCGCGGAAUAUUGCAGUUGUCAAAUGAUCUAGGAGUUCAAUGAUCACCCUGGUUUGACAUUUCAAUGUACAAAGCUUUCAGUGAGAACUGGUGCCAUCGAGAUCAUUUUUGUUGCAGAAGAAUCCGUAUCUGAAUUCCUCUGCUCCAAACUAUGAAAAGAUGUUUGAGUGGACCAUGUAAAUUACCCGCUUCUGCCGUGCUUCUGAAUUUCUUUAUUCUUUAUUAGAUCUGAAUCAAUAUUCCAUCUGGGGGUUGGGUCACUGUCAUUCGCAAGACGAGAUGGAGCUGAGUUAGGAUGAGAUGGUGUUGAUAAGCAUGACAGCUGCAAUUUUCUAAUGCAGCGUUGAGAUUGAGCCGGCCGGCGCAACUUUUUUUGCGAGAAUGCUCGGUUCAAUAAUGGUAGUUUGUAUGUGUGUUUUGAUUCAUGCUCGCCUUUCCCGUCGUAAGUAACAGAGGGAUAGAUGUUUGUGUUGCUAGUGUAAUUGCCAUCUUGAAGUAAACUUGGCGGUGAACUUCUUGACUGACAGCUCUUCUGAUCCUUAGAUCUUUGUACCCUGGGCUAAGUGUACAUGUGUAGGGUGAACAAAAACAGUUUUGUUUGUCCUUGUUCAAAUAUACCUUUCUGCAACAUAUUCCUGAACUUUUAACUUA